AUGAACCACAUUUUUCCAGAGGUAGUUGUUGACUUGAACGGACGUUCCAUUAAUAUUAAAGAACUCGCCAAACUUCAUGUUUUGAUUUUAAUUACACUUAAGGCAGCAUGGUGUCCGGUAUGUCCACAACUUUUGUUGAUCUUGAAUCUUUAUGGAUUGCAAGAUAAUUCACCAGAAAGUUUUCAAGAUCCUUUCGACGGAUCUAACAUAAUGAAAGUUCCUUCAGAAGAUAUUCCAUUUAACAGGCUUCUUUUAAAGACUGACGCAUACUUUAUAAUUAUCUGUCCCGGCCCUGCUGAUGAAGUACGUCGGAUACAAUCUCUUUGUAAUUUCUCAAAAUGUCCAUACCCAUUUAUCGUAGAUGAGGAUCUUUCGCUUGCAUCACAAAUUGGGCUUAGGAUGUCACAUACAGAAAUGUGGCCAUUCAUAGGGCAUAUAUAUUCAGAAACACGCAUUAUUUUCCCCAUAAGUUUGGGACGUGGCCCUGGGCUUUAUGGUCACAAUCAAUUAUUAAAGUAUUUACAUGAAUAUCGUAUUCAAGUUGAAAAGAGCGCGAGCGAUUAUGUAUCUAAGGCAUCAGAACUAGAAACACUUUUUAAAAAGGUAACAUAUAAUAUACUGUCAAUAGGAGACGUAGAAAAUAAAGCUUUGCAGAAACAAAUAUUUCCUAUAGAGCUAUUUGCGCAAAUAUUUGAGCACAUUGAAUCAAGAGAAAUGAUGAAAACUGUCGUAGCUACGUGUAGACAAUGGAGAGCAAUUGGAUUUGAUAUAAUAGCUAUGAGAAUGAAGCAAGCAGCGAAUUGUGUGCUAGAAUCUCUUGUUAUAUGUUCUCAGACAAAACGAAGUGAUAGCAAUAAAAUAAUAUUACCAGUAGAUAAUAAAGCUAUAAGUGUUCAUGAGUUGGAUUUGCACGUUAAGGAUUUGAAUGAAAUAACUGAAAUUGUUCAGCGACUUGUUGACCAGACCGAUUUGAUGGCUUUUAUGAUUAUGAAAUAA